AUGAAGUCUAAAAGGCUUAAAUGGAGAGUGUAAUAAAUGCAUUAAAUAAGAAGUAGAUUGCAUUGUAAAAUAAAAAUAUCUCUAAGGAUUAGAUUGGAAUCAUCAAUAGUAAUAGAAAACCCUACCUUUGCUUAAUGCCUCCUUAGCAUAGUUAAAGAAGAACAGAAAAGAUUAAUAAAGUUAUGAUCAGCCUAAGAAUAUUAAGAUUAUAUACUUAAAAAGAACUCCCACUCAAUUAAAAUAAGUGGCUAUGGAGUUGAAGAAGAUUGUCUACGAACCCAAUAUUUCAAUUCUUGGCUCCAGAGAUCAAUAUUGUAUCUGA